AUGGCUAAACUAGUUCACAAUAUCCAGAAAAAGCAACAUAGAGAGAGAUCACAGUUGUCAAGUAGAAACAGACUUGGUCUGUUGGAAAAACACAAAGAUUAUGUGAAGAGAGCAACCGAUUACCACAAGAAGGAGAAAACCAUUAAAUAUUUAAAAGAGAAAGUAAAAAGUCGCAACAAAGAUGAAUAUUACCAUGGUAUGCAUAAUGCUAAAAAAGAUUCAAAAACAAAUUUGUUAAUAUCAAAUAGAUAUGGUAAAGGCAUUGAUGAAACUUUAACUGCUGACCAAGUGAAGUUAUUGAAAACUCAGGACUCAAACUAUAUCAGAACUCUGAGACAGUCUGAAUUAUCAAAAGUUAAUAAGCUCUCUAAGAACUUAACAUUCUCUAACAAUUCAACCAACCAACAUAAAAUUUUUGUGGAGUCAAAUUCUGAGAUGAAAAAUUUCAAGCCAGAAGUUUACUUCAAUACUAGUACUGAAUUAUUAAACAGAAAGGAAAAUAGAUUAACAAAUGACCAGUUACAUGAUCUAAAGAAUAAUAAUAAUACAAUGAGUGAUGAAGUUCAAAAACAUAUCCUUAAAAAGAAAUUGAAACACUUUAGGAACGUGAAAAGCCAUAUGGAGAGAGAAGUUAAAUUGAAAGAAAUCGAAUCAAGAAUGAAUUUGCAGAGAGAAGUAAUGAAGAAUGGAUCUAAAAAGAAGAUUACUGAUGCGAAAACUGGUGCUAUUUCAUUUAAAUGGAAAAAACAACGUAAACGUUAA